AUGUCUUGUCCUCAGGUGCCUUUAUCUUCUCGAUCUAUCGGUGCUAAAUCUCUUCAGUUGAAUGGAUUUAGCCAGCGAUUUCUUGGAGCAAGACUUGUCUCCAGAAUUUCCGAGAAAUCUCUUUCAAAUACUGCCUCUAUUUUUGAUGGCAAUGAAUCCACUUCAAAUUCAAAAUUACCACACAACACAGGGCCAUUAUCAGUUUCAGAAAAGGAUACUGAGGCAAUGAAUGGAGUUGAAUACGAAGCAGGGAAUGGAACUAUUCGACUCUGCCCUCUACAUCACGUAGCCUGGAUACAUCGUAGUCUUUUCUGCCGCGGAUUCACUUCUGAAAGCUUUCCAGCAAGGUCUCAAGGUGUCUCGGACAGCAGGUGGCCUCAUCCGGCACGCUUCAUCACCAAACUCGCUUCGCGAUUUGUCUCAUCACACACCGGCGCCCCUUGUCUAGACUCUGAUUUUGAUUUGAAAUUGAGGCUCUGCCUUUUGGGUGUAGUUUCUAUAUAG